CCAACCACAACCCAACCCCUUCAUGUCCACAUCCCGGUUCAACCUGAGCCUCAACCACAAGUCUAACCUUCUCCUGGCUCCCAGGGCCCUCCCAGGGCCCUCUGUCCCGCAUCACAUGGUCUUCCUGAGCUGCUCUGAUUAGACAAUUCAGCUGUGGCGGCAGGAUCUGUUCCCUCCUGUGCUGGGCUUCAUGCGCACCCAGAGGACAGUCUAUGACAUGUGUUCCCCCAAGUGGGCCACCGUGCUUGCGUCCGUCUUGGGAGCCAGCAGCCUGGACCCCACCAUUGUGAGCCUUGCCAGUCCUGGGGUGAAGCUGACCUCCCUGCUGUUUGCUACUGAGACAGACUGCAACCUGGUGGGGGACAGUGACGGACAGGUCAGUGUCUACCGGCUCAAGAACCUCACCGUGGGAGAGGGAAAUCAGGUGGGCAGGAGAUUAGAUUAG